CGAAAAUACCUGUUACAUGGGGAUUUCCGCAGAUUGCAUUUCGCCAUAUAAAACAUAUUUGGCUGUGUUUACCAUUUAAGCUCACUCCAGGAUUUGGUUAAGGGGACAAGUUCGAGUAUACCCACAGGAGUUUGACUACAGUAGCAUCUAGCAGUAGCCACAGUGAACUUCUAAAGAUGGACCGUGAUCCUGACCAUAAAGCCUGGAUGUCGCUCCGUCUAUCUCGUGUACUGGACGAUAUUGGCGUAAACCGCCGGGUGGUUAGGAAAAGGCGGGACACGUUCCUGCUGAGGGAAGCAGUAGAAACUAUAAAAGACAAAAUAUCUGGUAAUAACGCAACGAACUUCCAUUUCGGCAGCCAGUCAGAGGGAUCUACAACGUUAGGGAUGAAUUCCGAUAUCGAUGUGCUUAUGUGCGAGCAUGAGACCAACAUCAUGUCUGACUGGUUAGACUGGGAGGCCGGGAUGCAGAACUUUCUAAUGGUGAAGGAGGAGUCAACUCCGCCACAACACUACUGGCUACAGUGGAUCAGACGAGAGUCUCCAGAACCUGUCAGAUAUCACGGAGAGGAAGAUGGCGUACCACAUAUAGAUGGACGAGUGUUUGUAAGUAAUAAAAUAUGGCAACAUAAAGCUAAACUGGAAUUAGGAAAGGACUUCCGAUGUAAUGGACCUUCAGUAAGUAACUCUGAAGAAUGGGACUAUGUUAAAGCUUACAAAUGUAAAGUUCUUCCUCCGGAAGUUGACCGAUGGUUUCACCGUCCCAGGCGUGGACAUUGGCCUACACCGGAAAUGAUGCAGGCUGCACGGGAACGCUCUUGUUUUCUGGUUCCUGAUGGACAUUUUGAGAGUCUGAAUGAAAAUAUUGAAUGGCGAUUAUCACCAAGCCAAAUAGAACGAAUUCUUGUUUUUAGUUUUACAACAGUGCAGUUAAAAUGCUAUGUUGUCUUGAAAAUGAUAAAAAAUAUAUAAUGGAACAAUAUUUAAGUCAUCAUAGUAAGCUAACUUCGUUUCAUUGCAAGACCGUUAUGUUCUUUACAAUCGAGAGAAUAUCCCGAGAGGAGUGGAGAGAAGAUCGGCUCAUAGGGUGCAUAGGAUAUUGUUUGCAAACACUGGAAUUUUUCUUGAUGAAAGGUUAUUGUCCACACUAUAUUAUUCCUGAAGUGAACCUAUU